UUGCGCAGUUCCAGCGAGAGGAGCGCAGCCAUUAUUAUACAGCCCUGAAUGUUUUCAAGCCGAGCUGGGCAGAGCAGAAAAACAGCCCAAACCCUCCUAACAGCCGUGUUUGGUGCUGCAGCUGUCGACCACCUCACUGCCGGGGUCUGUGAGCCACUCAGUUUGGGAAGGUGCUGCGCAGAGAGCGGGGGGCUGCUCGGUGCGUAGUUUUUAACCCGCACCGCAGCGGGGAAACUAACCGGCUCUGACUGCGAGCAGAAGACUGUUUUAAUCGCAUCACUUGAGCCGGUGUGCAACGAUGGACGCAUCGCUGAAAGACGAGCCGUCUGGAAGUGUUGUGCCGUCCUGCGAUGCCGCCUCAGCUGCACACGACUCGACUGCAAGCACGUCUUCAGUCCUCACAGCUCAUCAGGUCGAGCAAGCAAAGGAGCCCACUCCUGUUUUACUCUACCCCAUCAGCAUAAACAGUGCUGUAUCUCUGUCACCAGUAUUUAGAGACAACAAGGGCUCCCAUGUUGGUGUCAGGGAGGAAGCAAGGAAGGCUGGUGGGGCUCGGGGCUAUACUGAGGCAGUGUCCACGUCAUCUGAGUUCACCCACCGAGCUAUUGUGCACCUCAUUGAAGCAAUGCAUCGAUGCUGGGACGUGUAUGGCUCCAGGGAACGUUCCCGUCUUUUCCAGAGUGUCCAGAGUGAGCUGGAGAACCUUGGCCACUCGCUGCCUGUGGAGAAGAUCCGCCGGAAAUGGAACAACCUCAUUGUCACAUACAAGAGAGUGAAAGAACGCAGCAGACUGGGAGGAGGCCGAGCCAAGACUUCAUGGGAGUACUUUGAGAUGAUGGACAAAGUCUUGGGAAAGACGAAGAUGGAUCAGAGAGGCCCUGCUUCAGCUACUCUCGUUGGAUUUGCAACCACAGCCAAAGCAGCAGUGAGGUCAGAGGAGCGUCAGUCUCACAGUGUGUCAGUAGCUGCGGUGGCCACCCCAUGUCUGCUCCCCAAUAGCCUCUUCACCACACCAUCCCAGAUUCCCACACUGGUGACCUCCCCAGUGCUGUGUAACGUACCCCCAAAACCAAACCCUAAACCUAACCCUAACCCAAGCCCCUCUUGCAGCACUGACAGCCCCAUGCCCUCCGUUCCCCUCAAACCUGCCCCUAAGGUUAUGCGACAGCCCCUGAAGAGGAGAUUACGGCAUCUUCAGCUCAGUUCAGUAGCUUCUCGUCUUGCCCAGCAGCAGGGACAAGCAGGGGAGCGCACAGCACUCCUGCGCAAUUUUCUAACCAGUCAUGAAGAAAGAGCUCACCUGGAGGAUCAGCGCCAGAGAAAGAAAGAUGCUCGAGAGCGACGCCAGGAAAGGACACUGAGCAGCAUGUCUGAAGCUUUGGGAAGAAUGGCAACAGCCCUGGAGUUAAUCUCCUCCAAACAAGACACCAUCAUUGCCCUGCUACAGAGACUGGCUGAUAAGCACUGAAUAAUAAAGAAUGAUUUUUUUUAUUAUUUUUUACAUGUAGUUUCAGUAGAUGCAUAUUGUGUGCUGUUUUUUGCAUUUAUUGUUGGUAGUUUGUGUUGUAAACAGAACCCUGUUGAAAAAACAUAGAAACCAUUAAAAGUUUCUGCAGGUUUCUGGUGGUGUCCGAUAGUCAGCAAUGUAUUUCAAUGGGCUGCUAUCACAGUGUAAAGUCUUCUAAUGGUUUAAGAGGUGCUCUGAUUCCAGAUGCAUUCCUACUUGGUUGCUAUGUUUUUUAGCAGGGUGGUCAGAUUUAUUUCAGUUAAAUUACCCCUCUAAGAAACUAUGUGCUCAAGUAAAAGCAAAAAAGAGUAGUUAAUUUUAUAUUCUAGUAAAGGUGGAAGAUUGAAGCACACUUUAUGUCGACUUACGUGUUUUCUUUAGUAAUAUAAUUACCGAUCACAGGGACCUAAAUAUCAACAAUGUAUGGAGAGAUAAUACCAGACACGCAUAUAGUCGAACUACUAGGACUGUAGUACUCGUAUUGACCGCGUGGCCUAAUGGAUAAGGCGUCUGACUUCGGAUCAGAAGAUUGAGGGUUCGAGUCCCUUCGUGGUCGUCCUUUUCAUUCCUCAACAAAGACCCUAUAAUUGUCAUAACCUACAAUUUAACAAGACUUGGCAUUAUUCUGCGGUCAACGACACAGAAGGCAAAAUAUAUAGUACACAAACUAAACACGUUCUCUCGCUGGUUUAAGGAGCAACACAUCUAUUCCUGAAAAAGAAAUCGGGGAGGAGUUUUGGCGUAGCAGAGUGGCGCAGCGGAAGCGUGCUGGGCCCAUAACCCAGAGGUCGAUGGAUCGAAACCAUCCUCUGCUAAAAACACCUUUUCCUCCCGCCUAACACACACAGGAUAAUGUAUCGUGUUAUGAUUCAAUUUUGAGAAUUCUACAUGGCCACAACACUGUAGCUUAUUGAAAAGAAGUCUUUGCUGGAGAACCAACCAAGCUGUGGAGUUACUGGUAGGCUACAACAUAUUAUGGUUAUGUAGUUUUAAUACUUUUAAUACUUGUUUAAUUUUUGCAGACCACGUAAUACUGCAUUUAUAUGCAAACACAUGUAUUUUUUUCAGUAUAACAGAAUGCUGAUAAAUAGAUAUUGGUCUUAUUAUGAAGAAAAAAAUGAAUAAAUUGGGAAGAGAAGCAGAACA